AUGAACUCUCAAAAGUGUUAUGCAUUACUUAUUGAGAAGCCAAAAACCUUUGAAGAAUCUGAACGUUAUUGCGAAACUAUAGGAGGUACACUCGUGUCAUUUUCCUCAGAAAACGAAUUCAAAAUAUUAAAAGGAAGGCAUUCAAAGAAAAAGUUCUGGAUUGGUCUGAAACAGGUGAACGAGGACUGGGAGUGGAUGGAUACGACUGCUAUCGUCUACAGUCAAUGGAAGGAGCGUAACGUUACGCGAGACGUGUUUAAAGAUCAGAAAUGCAUGUUUGUUAGUGGAACCGGAGACUGGCAUCGUGAAAACUGCGAAAAGAAACUAUACUUUCUUUGCAAGUUCAACCGUAUGCGUUUAACUUAA